AUGGUGGCUUUGCUUAAGCUUUUUCUCAUGGCUUUCAGCUUUGUCUUUUGGGCAGCAGGUCUAACAAUGCUUACCAUUGGUAUCUGGGCUAAACUUUCACUGGAGACCUACUUAGUGUUGUCCACCAAGGAGUACCCUAACACCCCCUUCAUUUUGUUGGUUACUGGAACUGCUGUCAUCAUCUGGAGCUUUCUGGGUUGCUUCAGUGCUGCCACUGAACAUCGCUGCCUCUUAUGCACUUAUGGGAGCUUCCAGCUGGCUGUGCUAGUGGCUGGCUUAGUAGUGGGGCUCUCCAGUUUGUUUUAUCGCAAGGAUAUCGCAGAAGGUUUCCAGAAUGGGCUGCAGGAAGCCAUACAAUCCUACACAGAGGAUGAGGAGAAGGCGGAAGCUCUGGAUUUUAUCCAGCGUUCCUUGGACUGCUGUGGGGUUGAGAGUUAUCGUGACUGGUUUUCCUCACCCUGGUCGAUGGAACAACAGACACCAAAUAGCUCAGUGCCCAUGAGUUGUUGCAGGGCACGCAAAGGUUGCCUGCACAGUCCUCUCCCAUCAGACGCCCGGGGUAUUUUCCAUGAUGGAUGCUUCAGCAAGGUCCAUGACUUUGUCAGUGAUAAUAUGUUCUACAUUGCCACAGCUGCACUCGGGCUGGCAGUCAUGCAAGUGGUAGGCAUUGUCCUGGCUUGUCUACUGGCUACUCAAAUUCCACCACAUGCCAGGCCACCAGGGGGUGCUCUUCCACACUAA